UCCUAAUACUUCCCUUCAUAUUGUGCUUCAACUUUUGCAUGCAAUAUUAAUUACGUAACUGCACCACCCCGAUCGAGUAGUACUUGUAAGGGUACGUAUUUCGGAUCGAUCCUAGCUUGAUGCUUAUAUUAUCGCCUUUGAGGGAGCAACACAAGGAUGAAAACCGAGGAGGAGAUCAGAUGGAGAGUUUCUCGAUCGGCACCAACGUGGUUGACUUCUCGGAAUUUUCCGGGGGGAACUUGCUUGACAGCAUCGACUUUGAUGACCUUUUCAUUGGGAUCGACUCCGAGAUGGAUGUGCUGCCCGAUUUGGAGAUGGACUCGGAGAUGCUGGCUGAGUUUUCCGUCAGCGCUGGAGAGGAAUCCGACUUGAAUACAUCGCCGGCAUCACUUGAAAAAUGGGACGAUGAGGAAAACAAAGCCAGCAUCAAGACAAGCACCGCGGAAGAAAGAGAAGACGAUCAUCAUCAGAAGGUGGAUUCUUCGGGUUCGGGUACUACAGACUUUAAGUACUCGAGCUCUGAUAAUAGUUCUCAUGGAGGAGGUGGAGGAGGAGGAGAGGAAAUUGUUAGUAAAAGAGAUGAAAGCGCAGGAGGAGCAGUCCAUAAUAACACUUCGUCGUCCCCCAAAGAAACUACAGAUAAAGGUCAUCGGAAGUCAUCAUCAUCCAGUGCACAAUCCAAGAGUUCUCACGGGAAGCGGAAAGUUAAGGUGGAUUGGACACCAGAACUGCACAGGAGGUUCGUGCAAGCAGUAGAGCAGCUAGGGGUGGAUAAGGCAGUGCCUUCUAGGAUUUUAGAGCUUAUGGGAAUAGAUUGUCUCACUCGCCACAAUAUUGCUAGCCACCUUCAAAAAUAUAGAUCCCAUCGGAAACAUUUGCUAGCCCGUGAAGCUGAGGCUGCAAGCUGGACCCAGAGGCGGCAGUUGUACGGUUCUGCUGCUGCUGCAGGCGGUGGAGGAGUAGGCGUCAAGAGACCUUCAUCCGAGAUAGGUCCUUGGCUUGCACCACCUACCAUGGGUUUCCCUCCUCCCAUGACACCCAUGCACCAGCAGCCCCACCACGGCCAUCACCACCACCAUCACCACCACCACCAGUUCAGACCUUUACACGUAUGGGGUCAUCCGACAGUUGACCAAUCCAUGAUGCACAUGUGGCCCCCUAAGCACCUUGCUCCUUUCCCAUCCCCCCAACAACAGCCUUCUUGGCCUCCAGCUCCUCCACCGCCACCGGACACUUCAUAUUGGCACCAUCACCACCAGCGUGCUCCUCCUAAUAAUGCAGUACUAACCCCAGGAACUCCGUGUUUUCCGAGGCAAAUAGCUACAUCUCAUACUCCUCCUUCGACGAGGUUUCCCGUUUCGCCUGUCCCAGGCAUUCCACCGCAUCAUGGCAAUAUGUACAAACUAGACCCCGCCGGCCUCGGCGUUCCUGGACAAUCUGGACCCCAUCCUCUUGUUGAUUUUCAACCCUCGAAAGAGAGCAUAGAUGCAGCCAUUGGAGAUGCCUUAUCGAAACCAUGGCUUCCUCUUCCUCUUGGCCUGAAACCUCCUUCCACUGAUAGCGUUAUGGGCGAACUACAACGACAGGGAAUUCCCAAAGUACCGCCCUCCAGCGCUUGAUCAACUUACCCAGCACCACGCACAACUUCCACACAACUAAUUACAGAGAGAAGGAA